AUGAUGCCUCAGCGGAACCCCCCGUGUUCAGCAAUGGAUCAGUCUGAUCCUGAUCUCCCUCCCAGCCGCUGCCAGGUGGACUGUACCAAUGAGGUGGCAGUAGAGGGGGGCCAGAGGAAUGGGGGUGGUGUCGCUUUGUCCUCCCCAGAGAGCAGCAGCGUGAACGGAGACGGCAACCGGAAGCGUAGUGGUAAGAGCCGUCGCCGUCGGAAACGCUCCACUCAACCUGACAACCGCCCAGCAUCCGUUGCCGUGGAGAUGCAUCCGCCUCCACCACCUGGCCAGGGGGACGGUAGCCAUGCCCCUGUCCCUGACACCCCCAGCACGGUCCUGCUCGGCAUGCGGUCUGAGUGUGGAUCUGUGUGGUUUGACCGCAGUGUGUAUGAGCAGGCUGAGAGUCUGUAUCACUGCUGGUUGACACGCUCUGCCAACUGGGCGAAGACACGGCCCAGCAGCUCACCCUCGCCCCCUGCCCUGGCUGCUGACAACCACCCCACCUCCCCUCCACCCUCACCCCCUGCCCCGAGCCACCCCACCACCCUUCCAGCCAUAGUAGCUGAAGAGCAUUGGGUUGUUGCAGAGCCCCUGCAGCCAGCAGCCUCAGACUUCCUGGCCCUGCCCGCCAACAGCGCCGCCACACCAGACGAGGGUUACCUGUCCCUGGCCCAUACCCCGCCGGCGGCCUCUCCACUGACCUCGGCCCAGGCCCCUGGCCAGCUGGUGAACGGGCUGCCCCGUCUCCCCAUGGAGCUGCUGAGGGGCGUGUGGCUGGAGAAGCAUCUCUACGACCUGGCCGAGGCCGCCUUCUACCAGAGCCUCUGCGGCAACAACCGCUCUCCCAACAGCAACAACCUGGUUGGUGGAGCCUCCACCUCACGUACCAACCCUAACGCUCCCUCAACCUCAAGGGGUAGUGGAGACCACCCACAGAGUCUUAUGGAAGAGGAGGAAGUGUUAGAAGAAGCAGCCAUGGUCUCACAGGGGAAGGACGAAGUCUUCCACUCUCUGCGCACCAUUCAGGAGGAGGAGGAACCUGCUGACAUCACAGAGGAGGAAGGUGUGGCCAUGUACUUCCUGCAUCCAGACAGUGAGAGGGUGUGGCUAGACCGGGGAGGCUACGAGGAUGCAGAGAGACGUUUCUACGGUUAUCACCAGAAUGUACCUGUGGAGUCAACAGUAGCCAACAGAGAGGAGAGGGCUCUUGGGGAAGAAGAUACUGCGGCGUCAGCAACGUCAUCGCCAGCAUCACCGGUCACAUGCAACGGCCCUCUGAGGGAGAAGUAUGACCCAUCCCAGGAGUCUGGACCUCCACAAAAAAAACCAGCUUCAUUUGACUCUUUCUCCUUUUCAUUGCCGUUUUCUUUCUUGAAUUGGUUCAUUUGUUUUAUUUCUUUACUUGUUUUCUGUGUUUUUGUUUGCUCAUUUGUCUCUGUUUUUUAUUUGCUUUACCCUUUUCAUUUGUGUUUUCUUGCAUGAUUAUUUAUUUUACUCAAUGUUGGUGGUCUUCAAAGAUUUGUCCCAGGGGCGCAACUUUGGUUUUAGAAGGGGGGGGUGGUGGACAUAACCUGGCGGGGGUCCUCCCUCAGAAUGUUUUGGCCAUUCUAAUGCUCAUUUCAUGCUUUUCUACACAAUCUAAUACGACCCUUUUGGGGUCAUUUUGUGGUCACUUUUAUUAUAAAUAAGAAUAGAAUAUGUUUCUAAACACUUCUACAUGAAUAAAUUGUGAAUAAUGAUGAGUGAGAAAGUUAUAGAAACACAUAUCAUACCCCCCCCAAAAAUGCUAACCUCCCCUGUUAUUGUAAUGGUGAGGAGUUAGCCUGUCUUGGGGGUAUGAUAUUUGUGCAUCUAACUUUCUCACACGUCAUUAUUCACGAUUCAUUCAGGAUUAUACGUAAUCAUGGUAGCAUCCACAUUAAUGUAGAAGUGCUUAAAAACAUUAUGUUCUUAUUUACAAUAAAAGUGACUCCAAAAUGACACAAUACAUUAUUUACAAUUUCAUUUCUAUUGGGCACAAAAUCAUCUGAAACACAACCAAAACAAACAGCAAAUGCAUCCAACACAUUUUGUAGAGUCACAAGCUUCAUGUAGUCAUUGAGUGCUAUGAAUGUGGGACCAAAUACAUAACUUUUUACAACUUUCUAAUACACAUAAGUGAAAUUGUCCCAAUACUUUUGCUCCCCUAAAAUGGGUGGGGGGUGGGAGACUAUGUACAAAAAGUGUUGUAAUUUCUAAACAGUUCCCCCGAUAUGGAUGCAAAUACCCUCAAAUAAAAGCUGACAGUCUGCACUUUAAGUUGGUAGUCAUUGUUUGAUUUCAAAUCCAAAACUUUGGAGUAUAGAGGCAAAAUAAGAAAAAAUGCUUCACUGUCCCAAUAAUUACGGAGGGCACUGUAAUUCAUACCAUAUGCCUAAAAGUACUGUAGAGCUCCUUUUGUCGUACAGUAUUCCAUAUAAGGCAUCCAGACCUUAUUAAAGUUGCACAGUAUACCCUUAAUCUUGUAAUAAAUCAAAUGUAGUGAUACAAAAUCUCAUUUCUGCCAUCCAUUGUGACAUUUUGGGAGGAUAACCAACCUUCCAAUUAAUGGCAAUGCAUUUCUAAGCCACUAUAAAUGCUAGGUUACAUUUUCUUCUGAUAAGUCUCCAUUAUCAACGUUUCCAAGCAAACAAAAACAGGGAGAAGGGUGGUCUUAAACUGCAGUAAUUUAUGUCUGAGAUUACAUUGCAUUCAGAAAGUAUUCAAACCCCUUGGUUUUUUUACCACAUUUUGUUACAUUGCAGCCUUAUUCUAAAAUGGAUUACAUUGAUUUGUUCAUCAAUCUACACACAAUACCCCAUAAUGACAAAGCAAAAACAGCUUUUUAGAAAUGUUUGCAAAUGUAUUAAAAAUAAAGACGGAAAUAUUACAUUUACAUAAGUAUUCAGACCCUUUACUCAGCACCGUUUGGCAGCGAUUACAGCCUCGAGUCUUCUUGGGUAUGACGCUACAAGCGUGGCACACCUGUAUUUGGGGCGUUUCUCCCAUUCUUCUCUGCAGAUCCUCUCAUGCUCUUGUCAGAUUGGAUGGGGAGCGUCACUGCACAGCUAUUUUCAGGUCUCUCUAGAGAUGUUCGAUUGGGUUCAAGUCCAGGGCUCUGGCUGGGCCACUCAAGGACAUUUAGAGAAUUGUCCCAAAGCCACUCCUGCGUUGUCUUGGCUGUGCGCUUAGGGUCAUUGUCCUGUUGGAAGGUGAACCUUCGCCCCAGUUUGAGGUCCUGAGCGCUCUGGAGCAGGUUUUCAUCAAGGAUCUCUCUGUACUUUGCUCCGUUCAUCUUUCCCUCGAUCCUGACUAGUCUCCCAGUACCUGCCGCUGAAAAACAUCCUCACACCAUGAUGCUACCACCACCAUGCUUCACCGUAGGGAUGGUGACAUGACGCUUGGCAUUCAGGCCAAAGAGUUCAAUCUUGGUUUCAUCAGACCAGAGAAUCUUUCACAUGAUCUGAAAGUCUUUAGGUGCCUUUUGGCAAACUCCAAGCGGGCUGUCGUGCCUUUGUGGAGUGGCUUCCGUCUGGCCACUCUACCAUAAAUGCCUGAUUGGUGGAGUGCUGCAGAGAUGGUUGUCUUUCUGGAAAGUUCUCCCAUCUCCACAGAGGAACUCUGAAGCUCUGUCAGAGUGACCAUCGGGUUCUUGGUCACCUCCCUGACCAAGGCCCUUCUCCCCCGAUUGCUCAGUUUGGCCGGGCGGCCAGCUCUAGGAACAGUCUUGGUGGAUCCAAAGUUCUUCCAUUUAAGAAUGAUGGAGGGAGGCCACUGUGUUCUUGGGGAUCUUCAAUGCCGCAGAACGUUUUUGGUACCCUUCCCCAGAUCUGUGCCUCGACACAAUCCUGUCUCGGAGCUCUACGGACAAUUCCUUCGAACUCAUGGCUUGUUUUUUGCUCUGACAUUCACUGUCAACUGUGGGACCUUAUGUAGACGUGUGUGCCUUUUCCAAAUCAUGUCAAAUUAAUUGAAUUUACCACAGGUGGACUAGAAACAUCUCAAGGAUGAUCAAUUGAAACCGGAUUCACCUGAGCUCAAUUUCGAGUCUCAUAGCAAAGUGUCUGAAUACUUAUGUAAAUAAGGUAAUUCAGUGUUUUAUAUUUGCCAACAUUUCUAAACCUGUUUUCGCUUUGUCAUUAUGGGGUAUUGUGUGUAGUUAGAUAAAAAUAAAAAUCCAUUUUAGAGUAAGGCUGUAAUGUAACAAAGUGGAAAAAGUCAAGGUGUCUGAAUACUUUCCGAAUACGCUGUAUGUGAACAUGACUGGGCAUUUUAAACGUAUCUGUAUCAAUUCAUCAGUAGUGUCUCCCAGGUCUUCCUCACAUUUUUGUUUUACAUGUUUUGUCAUCGGGAAAACAUUUUACAUUUUAGUAGACGCUCUUAUCCAGAGCGACUUACAGGAGCAAUUAGGGUUAAGUGCCUUGCUCAAGGGCACAUCGACAGAUUUUUCACCUAGUCGGCUCGGUGAUUAGAACCAGCGACCUUUCGGUUACUGGCACAACGCUCUUAACCACUAAGCUACCUGCCGCCCUCUAUCAACCCUUAAUACAGUUUUGUAAAUCAACUUUGUCAGACUACCUUAAAAUAGUUUCAAUCUUUGAAGCUUCAGGCUUGUCCAGUGUUUGCUGCACAGAGAUAAUAGUGUUGUAUCUGCAAAAGUUCACCUCAGCGCCGUCACAGACAGAUCUUCCCGGUCUGCCUGACCCUGAUGAGACCCAUGUCACCAUCUAAUCCUGCUCAGAUGAGGCAUGACAAAGAAUGACCUUGGUGUACAUUUAUACAUUAUAUUAUCCAAGAAUAGAAUAAAUGGUUCAAUAAUUGAAAUGACCAUUAUUCCCAGAUACCAGACUGUAGCCUACCCAUCAACUCAAGAUGGAACUUUGUAUCCAUUCACUGAUUGUUAAAAUAUUAUACUGCAAAAUUCACCUGAGCUCCGUAGACUGGUCUUCCAUGGCUGUCUGACCCUGCUGGGACACCUGUCACCAUCUGAUCCUGCUAAGACAUGAAGAGCAUAGUGUUGUGUACUGACUGUGCAUCAUGACCGUGAAGCCUGUAGAGCUGUGUAUACAGUGUCAGUGUGACAAGUAGGGAAUUAGCUAGGGAAACUGGCACAUCAAUAACGUUAUUGCUAUACUGACUGGGAUUGGGGCAAAGAUAAUACCUAACAUUAGCCAACUUUUGGCUAGCUCUAAUGAUAUAUCAACAGGUGAAAAUGAGCCAAGUUAAUUUACUUCUGUUGAAACAGGACAAAACUUAGGCUACAAAACAUUUCCAUACACACAACAGCUUUUAGAUACUGCAGUGUGACCUGACAGAUGACUAGAGCUGAACUGGCUGUGGUAGCUACUAGCUAGAUAACGUUAGUUCAUUCACUCCAGACAGAACUUCAGUCAAGAUGGGAUGAAACAUUAGCUAAUGUUACGUGUUAGUUACAUUACUAGCUCAGCACUGGGAAUAAAUACUAUUUUUUUGUUCAGUCUAAUAGCAGUUACCUUGCCAGCUAUAUCAGUCAAAUAAAGAGUAGCCAGUUUCUGCUCUGCUUGCUUUUACAACUCGGAGAAAAAGCACAACAGCUGCCUCUGUUCACACGCUCUGUGGUGUCUGCACAGUCCUAAAUCCAUCCGUCUGAAACCACCAAACAGCCUACCUGACCGCUCUGAGGCAUCCACAUGGUCCUAAAGCGCACCGAUACCACUUUUUGUAUCACAAUGCAAUGCUAAAACUGGGGGGGGACAAAUAUGCAAUUUCAGAAUGUGCAGUUCAGUGAAUUCCCCCCCCCCCCAUCCCCAGUGAAAGUUGCGCCCCUGAUUUAUCCUACUUCUAAGGAUGAUGGGGGGGGGGGGGGGGGGAUUUCACUGAAUUACUAAACGUUGGAUCCCUCUCUUCUGUCACUCAUCUGCCUCCUCUCCUUCUCUGUAGCAUCAUGAGUGCAGCAGUAGACUACCUAGCCCAGGAGAAGAUCUGGUUUGAUAAACCUCGCUACGAUGAGGCAGAGAGAGAUUUCUACGAACGCAUGAAUGGCACCUCACACCCAGCACAAGUAGGUAGUUUAUCUGUGUGUGAAUCCUCUCCCCAGUCUGUCAUGUGUGUGUGCGCAUCAGUGUCUGACCUGGUCCCCUGUACUUUACACUAUAGGAGCUGGGAGCCAACAGCAUCCUGCAGGACAUAGCCCGGGCCAGAGAAAACAUCCAGAAGUCCCUAGCAGGAGUGAGUGUAAUAUAAUGCACAUCUGAGCCUUCAUACACCCCAUCUCUCACAUUAUCUGCUUUAAAGCUGCACUGAAAGUAAGAUCAUCACCUUUUUAAUGUAGAUCAUCUUUUGUAGUGUGUUAUAUGGUCAAAGACCCCCCCCCCCCCCCCCCCACACACACACACACACACACACACAUGGCCAAAUGUAUGUGGACACCUGCUAGUCGAACAUCUCAUUCAUGGGCAUUAAUAUGGAAUUGGUCCCUGUCGUAUAAAUAUUUGACUCAAAAGUAGUCAACUCAAAAAUAUCUCUCAAACUGGAGCUUGUGAAUCCAAAAAUUAGACUUUUAUUAUCUAAUAACAAAAGCCGAGCAGUUCCAUGGAACGACUGUGUCGCUUUGGCUUAGCGCUCCCUUUUAUACACACACAAAUGCACAAACAUGCUUACAUGGCAAAUACAGUUACCCCCUUAUGGCAAAUUCCUAACUUAUUUUAGUUCUGCACCACCCUUUUUCAACGUCCAGCUGUCACACAAUGUCCACUCCAAAAGGUCAUGAAUGCUUUUUUCUAUAUGAAGCCUCUCAUCUUAUCAUUCUAUUGGCUGCGUGGCUCAGGCCCCUUCUUAAAAAAGAACUAAUGUAAAGCAUACUGUGUCCAUAAUAAGUAUAUGGGUUAUAGGUUAAGAGCUUUUGUGAAAGAGCACAUGCAUUCAUUUAAAACAUAGUAUAUACUACAUGGCUAUAUUCCUUAUUUAAGCAUGCAUCUGGAUUAUAAAAUAUCAAACAUGUUUAUUAUAUUUUACCUUUGGCAUCUCCCUACAUUUUCCUUAAUGAUACAUAAAAUAUUUAUAUAUCCCCUCUUUGCUGCUUUAACAGCCUCCACUCUUCUGGGAAGGCUUUCCACUAGAUGUUGGAACAUUGCUGCUGGGACUUGCUUCCAUUCGACCACCAGAGCAUUAGUGAGGUCAGGCACUGAUGUUGGGUGAUUAGGCCUGGCUCGCAGUCGGCGUUCCAAUUCAUCCCAAAGGUGUUCGAUGGGGUUGAGGUCAAGUUCUUCCACAUCCAUCUCGACAAACCAUUUCUGUAUGGAUCUCAUUUUGUGCGCUGGGGCAUUGUCAUGCUGAAACAGGAAAGGGCCUUCCCCAAACUGUUGCCACAAAGUUGGAAGCACAGAAUCGUCUAGAAUGUCAUUGUAAGCUGUAGCAUUAAGAUGUCCCUUCACUAGAACUAAGGGGCCUAGCCCGAACCAUGAAAAACAGCCCCAGACCAUUAUUCCUCCUCCAACAAAGGUUACAGUUGGCACUAUGCAUUGGGGCAGGUAGCGUUCUCCUGGCAUCCGCCAAACCCAGAUUUGUCUGUCCGACUGCCAGAUGAUGAAGCGUGAUUCAUCACUCCAGAGAAGGUGUUUCCACUGCUCCAGAGUCCAAUGGCAGCGAGUUUUACUCCACUCCAGCUGACACUUGGCAUUGCACAUGGAGAUCUUCGGCUUGUGUGCGGCUGCUCGUCCAUGGAAACCCAUUUCAUGAAGCUCCCAACGAACAGUUAUUGUGCUGACGUUGCUUCCAGAGGCAGUUUGGAACUCUAUAGUGAGUGUUGCAACCGAGGGCCGAUGAUUUUUACAUGCUACAUGCUUCAGCAUUCGGCGGUCCCGUUCUGUGAGCUUGUGGCCUACCACUUUGCGGCUGAGCCAUUGUUGCUCCUAGACGUUACCACUUCACAAUAAAAGCACUUACAGUUGACCAAGGCAGCUCUCGCAGGGCAGAAACUGACUUGUUGGAAAGGUGCCGUCCUAUGACGGUGCCACGUUGAAAGUCACUUAGCUCUUCAGUAAGGCCAUUCUACUGUCAAUGUUUAUCUAUGGAGAUUGCAUGGCUGUGUGCUCUAUUUUAUACACCUGUCACUGAAAUAGCCGUGUGUACGUACGUACAUACAGUACCAGUCAAACGUUUAGACACACCUACUCAUUCAAGGGUAUUUCUUUAUUUUUACAAUUUUCUACAUUGUAGAAUAAUAAUAAUAAUAGUGAAGACAUCAAAACUAUGGAAUCAUGUAGUAACCAAAAAAGUGUUAAACAAAUCAAAAUAUAUUUUAUAUUUCAGAUUCUUCAAAUAGCCACCCUUUGCCUUGAUGACAGCUUUGCACACUCUUGGCAUUCUCUCAACCAGCUUCACCUGGAAUGCUUUUCCAACAGUCUUGAAGGAGUUCCCACAUAUGUAGUCCCGUGUAGCUCAGUUGGUAGAGCAUGGCGCUUGCAACGCCAGGGUUGUGGGUUCGUUUCCCACGGGGGGCCAGUAUGGGGAAAAAAUUUUAAUAAUAAUAAUGUAUGCACUCACUAACUGUAAGUCGCUCUGGAUAAGAGUGUCUGCUAAAAUGACUAAAAUGUAAAAUGCUGAGCACUUGUUGGCUGCUUUUCCUUCACUCUGCCAACCGACUCAUCCAAAACCAUCUCAAUUGGGUUGAGGUCGGGGGAUUGUGGAGGCCAGGUCAUCUGAUGCAGCAAUCAUCACUCUCCUUCUUGGGAAAAUAGCCCUUACACAGCCUGGAGGUGUGUUGGGUCAUUGUCUUGUUGAAAAACAAAUUAUAGUCCUACUAAGGCCAAACCAGAUGGGAUGCCGUAUUGCUGCAGAAUGCUGUGGUAGCCAUGCUGGUUAAGUGUGCCUUGAAUUCUAAAUAAAUCACAGACAGUGUCACCAGCAAAGCACCCCCACACCAUAACACCACCACCUCCAUGCUUUACGGUGGGAAAUACAUAUGCAGAGAUGAUCCGUUCAACCACACCGCCUCUCACAAAGACACGGCGGUUGGAACCAAAAAUCUCAAAUUUGGAAAAAUCUCAAAUUUGGAAAUUUGGACUGGUAAAGCUAAUGAACUUAUCCUCUGCAGCAGAGGUAACUCUGGGUCUUCCAUUCCUGUGGCGGUCCUCAUGAGAGCCAGUUUCAUUAUAGCGCUUGAUGGUUUUUGCGACUGCACUUGAAGAAACUUUCAAAGUUCUUAAUGUUCCGUAUUGACUGACCUUCAUGUCUUAAAGUAAUGAUGGACUGUCGUUUCUCUUUGCUUAUUUCAGCUGUUCUUGCCAUAAUAUAGACUUGGUCUUUUACCAAAUAGGGCUAUCUUCUGUAUACCCCCCCUACCUUGUCACAACACAACUGAUUGGCUCAAACGCAUUAAGAAGGAAAUAAAUUCCACUGUUGAGCUAACGUGUGCUAAUGUGAUUAGCAUGACUGUUUUAAGUAACAGCAAACUUUCCAGGACAUAGACAUGUCUUAUAUGGGCAGAAAGCUUACAUUCUUGUUAUUCUAACUGCACUGUCCAAUUUACAGUAGCUAUUACAGUGAAAAUAUACCAUGCUAUUGUUUGAGGAGAGUGCACAACAAAACUUAUCACAGCAACUGGUUUGAUACAUUCACCUCUGAAGGUAAAUAAUGUACUUACAUUCAGUAAUCUUGCUCUGAUUUGUCUUCCUAAGGGUCCCAGAGAUGAGAUGUAGCAUAGUUUUGUUUGAUCAAAUCCAUUAUUAUAUUCAAAUGUAGGAACUGGGUUCUAUAGUUUGAACCCCUGCUGUCUCUGGCUCCACACCCACCCCGCCCGGCCAUCUAGAUGUGUGAAAGUUAGUGUAUAAGCUAAUGAUCCAUCAUGUAUGACAUUCCUGGGAGUGUGUAAACUUACAUUUUGUAUUACCGUAUCAUUUUUGUAUAUUCUCUAUAGUUAUGUACUUGAAAAUGUAUCAAUUGACCAAUUCGGCACAUUUGGGCAGACUUGAUACAACAUUGAUCCAGUGAAGCAUUGCAAUACUGGACUAUCUGAAACUUUGCACACACACUGCUGCCAACACACACUGCUGCCAUCUAGAGGCCAAAAUCUAAAUAAUGCCUAAACUGCAAUAAUAUAUUGUGGCCUUUCUCUUGCAUUUCAAAGAUGAUGGAACCAAAAAAAAAAGAACGCAUGUUUUUUUGUUUGUAUUAUCUUUUACCAGAUCUAAUGUGUUAUAUUCUCCUACAUUAAUUUCCCAUUUCCACAAACCUCAGUGUUUUCUUUCAAAUGGUAUCAAGAAUAUGCAUCUCCUUGCUUCAGGUCCUGAGCUACAGGCAGUUAGAUUUGGGUAUGUCAUUUUAGGCGAAAAUUGAAAAAAAUGGGUCUUAUCCUUAAGAGGUUAACUUUUUUGGUUACUACAUGAUUCCAUAUGUGUUAUUUCAUAGUUUUGAUGUCUUAACUAAUAUUCUACAAUGUAGAAAAUAGUAAAAAUAUGGAAAAACCCUGGAAUGAGUAGGUGUGUCCAAACUUUUGACUGGUACUGUAUAAACAAACCUUUCUGAACUGGCCAUAUCUGACGACCCAGCUAAGACUGUUUCACAGCAACAUUCUGUUUGACUAGCUAGGCGUGUUUAUGUUGACCCUGAGCUGCUGACAAGAUCCUUGAAUACCCUGGGUCAUAUUCAUUAGUGCACGCAACAGAAAUCGUUUUUCAACAAAAAUUAGAGUUUCUUAUUGGACAAGUUCAGGUAAUCGUGCCCCAUUUCAGUUUGUUUUCUUCCUUUUGGUUUCUAGUGAACACAACCCAGGCCUAUCACUUUCACUUAGAGAACAAACGGGUGUGUUUGAUUUUCAUGCUCUUUUUUAGCGAACAGGAAAUCCAAAAGUAUGAUUUCACGAGCCGUCACAAGUGUCUUUGUCUGUGUUUCAUUUCAGCCCUAGCCAUUCCUGCUCUAGCCAUACCUGCAUGUUUCAGUAGCAUAUUGUGGCUUGUAACGCUGGUUUAAGCCUGUGUGUGUGUGUGUGGGUUUGCAUGACUGACUAACACUUCAUUCGUCUGCCAAUUCCCCUGUAGACCAGUCCUCUGUAUACCUCUGCCUGAGCCCUCUUGUAGACCAGUCCUGUGUAUACCUCUGCCUGAGCCCUCCUGUAGACCAGUCCUGUGUAUACCUCUGCCUGAGCCCUCCUGUAGACCAGUCCUGUGUAUACCUCUGCCUGAUCCCUCCUGUAGACCAGUCCUGUGUAUACCUCUGCCUGAGCCCUCCUGUAGCUCUGUUUCCUUUCAACCACUGUCCCCUCAGCACCUUCAACCUAAUUCAACUCUCUCCCUCCUUCCAUCCUACCUUCCCUCCUUCCCUCCAUCCUACCUCCCCUCCUUCCUUCCAUCCCUCCCAACCCUACAGCUGAAGAAUUCACUGUUACCUAGCAGAGGCUCUGCUCAACCCCAGAACCACUAUUCUGUAAGUGUCCCACCCUGUGUGACAGUAGCUAGCUACCCCUUACUGAGAGCAAUGUGACACUCACACAAACCCUUUUUCUGGCCACCCACCCUGACCGUCCUUUCACCCCUAUCCACCUCAUUCUCCUUGUAUGAUGGGUAUGCUUCUCUCUGUCUCUGUCCCUGUCCACCCUCCUCUGAGCUUACUCUCUCUAGGUGCUGCUAAGAUGGACGCCUGUGUUUGUGUAUUAUUAUUAAUUUUUUGAAGAGUUGUGAUUGGUCAGUGUCAGGCUUCUUAUAUUUGGACACUUCUCUGUAGAAUGUUAGAAGAGUCGACUGAAAACUCCACUGAUCAUCACCAAGACCACAGACUAGGGAUGGGCAAUGUUAAUAGGAUAUCCGAAUGGACGUUUUGUAUUCUAACACUUCAUUUGUCCCAGAAAAAUUUAGGCCUAUGAAAAAGCACAACAAAAAAAAGAAUGGAAAAAGCUUUGUCUGAAUUAAUUUGUCGGUGCUUCAUUUAAUAAAACGAUACACUUUAGCUAGAAUGUAGUGUACAGCGCAUUGAGCUACUGCUGCUUCAGAUGUCAUGUGGCUUUGACAGUCCAUUGUUUAUUUAGCCUACAGAUCUGAGGAUGUACAAAGUGAUUGUUUUAUUUUCAAGCUCAUUUUCUAUCUCGUGGGCUAUGGGUUGGGUUUUACAUGAAAAAGCAUUUUACUAUCAUAGUGCAUUUAGCCCUCCGGUCAGCCCUGACAAGGGUAUGCUAUUUUCCCCACUUCAAAUGGCAAUUACCCUAUAGGCGCGCACCAACGGAGGUUCCACAGGACCUUACACAGAUCAAUGUGAAACACUCACCAGAACCUUUUUUUAAACAGAAUCAGUUCCAUGAUGGUGAACAUCAGCCUAGGCUAACGGCAACAGUGAGAGGUCUGAAAACAGCACACUGUCUGCUUUUGUGGCAUUUUGCGUAUUUCUAAUUGGUCAAGAGUAGUAUUUUUUUUUUUUUUUAUGUUGACUCUGGAUAUCCACAUUUUUAUUUGUUUAUUAUUCGAAUAGUUAAAUCAUUUAAAAUGCCCAUCCUUUCCACACUUUCUUCCUGAGUGGGAGGAGCAUUGCAUGAGCUGCAAUUGUAGCUGUCAUUCAUUGUCUAUUCUCUCUGCCUGUAGCUGUAUUCAUUUAUGAACACAACAUGUGACAUAACUGUGUUGUUCACCCUAUUGUGUCCUCAAUUUAACUGAUCAUGUUACCUGGGUUUGGCCAGUAGAGGUCGCUGGUGAUUCGCUUACAAUGACAUGCUAACUUUCGUGUGUGUGUUCAGAGUGCAGCUAAUGGGACAGGAGAUCAAGGGGAACUCGUCACACAGAUCAAGAUCCUGGAGCUAGAGAACCACAGUCUGCACCAAGGUAUGUGUGUGUGGCGUCUGUGUAUCUUACUCAAAGGUGCGUGUGUGCUUCCUUCCAUGUGGUCUUACUGACUCUCUUUCCCCUGUGUGCCUUUGUCAGUGGUGGAGGACCUGCGGUCGGCUCUGUCUAAGUUGGAGUGUCGGGUAGCGGUCCUGGAGAAAUCCCAGUCGCCAGCUGCAGCCUCCGUCCCUGCAGCACCCUGUACAAAUGUAAGCCCCUCUCACGCUGGUCCUGUGUGGUGUGAUAUAUUUGUCUUAUAUUAUUGGUCUACUCCUCACCUCCUCAGGGCACAUCCGUCCAGCAGAAGAAGACCAGUUCCCCGGUGGAGGAUGAAGAUGAUGAUAUGGACCUGUUUGGCAGUGAUGAAGAGGAGGAUGCGGAGGCCGAGCGAAUCAAAGAGCAGAGGCUGAAAGAGUAUACAGAGAAGAAGGCCAAGAAACCCACCCUCAUCGCAAAGUCCUCUAUCCUAUUAGACGUCAAGCCUGUAUGUCACAGUUCCCACCCACUCUUCCUAAUGUUCUCUCCAUCACUUUACAGUAUUUGAUAAAUAUUUAUGAUGGUAUAUUUGUAAAUUCCAGUGUGUGUUCAUGACAUUAAUAUCUGCCUUCCUGUCUCCUGGUUAUGUUCUUCCCCCUUCCCUCCCCCUCUCUCUCCACCUUCCCCUCUCUCUCUCUCGCUCUCUCAGUGGGAUGAUGAGACAGACAUGGCUAAGCUGGAGGAGUGUGUGAGGUCUGUUGUAGCUGACGGUCUGCUGUGGGGUCAGUCUAAGAUGGUUCCCGUGGGUUACGGUAUCAGGAAGCUACAGAUCCAGUGUGUUGUCGAGGACGACAAGGUGGGGACAGACCUGCUAGAGGAGGAGAUCACCAAGUUCGAGGACUACGUGAGUACAGACAUGAUUCAUACACACGCACCUUUGACAGUAUGCUAUACUGCAUGUUCUUGUACAGGUUAUCUUACCCAAAUGAGAGACGGUUGGAGACUGUUGCGUAGUUUAUCUUGAUGAAUGUUCUCUAUUCUCUUGUUCUGCAGGUCCAGAGUGUCGACGUAGCAGCUUUCAACAAGAUCUGAUUCCACCCUCUUCCUCGUCAUUGGGCCCGUCCCACAUGGCACCCUAUUCUCUUUAUAGUGCAUUACUUUGGACCAGAACUCUAUAGGCCAGGGUUCUCUGUUUUUUAUUUCUACCUGGUA